AUGGAUGAUCCAUUACAACAAUUCGAACAUGUUGGAAAUGGAGAUGAAGGUAUGGUAGAUGGUGAUAUGACAAAUGUUGGUUUAUCUGUCGUUAAUAAGAAAUUAUCUGAUAAAUUGGAUAAUCGAAUUGAUUUGGAAUUUUGGUCACCACCUGCAUGGCAUCUUCGUUCGAGAACACGUUUGAAUCAAGAUAAAGAUAAUGAAUGUCGAGGAACUGAUGAUAUGGAACAUGGUGAUCAGCAUUGA